AUGCCUUCUCUCACCAUCGAGAUCCCCUCCACCCCCGUCAAGCGCGGCCCUGGUCACGUCCGCUCCGCCAGCGACCCAGCACCAUCCACCGCCACCAGCACGACCACGGGCGGCAUCUUCACCCCCUGCGGCUCCGACGACGGUCUCGAUGGCCCGGUCGACAGCGCCAUCGGCAGCGACAUGGCCACCUCGCCACGCACUACGUCGCCAGCCCCCAAGCACGCUGACACCCCUCAAGCGCCGAAGAAGCCCAAGCACCUGCGCAGCCUCGCUGGCAGAAUCCGCGCUCUCGGCCCAAGCUGCGUCACCUACGGCCAGCCAAACGUCAAGACGGCCAACAUCAAGCUCCGUGCCGCGCAGAUGAUCUUCCCGCCGCAGAUGUGCUUGUUCGUCGGCAACCUGCCAGCCCACUGGUCGGACGGGAUGCUGUACCAGGCGAUCUCGUUCGAGUUUAAGCAAUUCGGGGCCUGCGUCGUCGGGGUCUUUCGCAAGGCGGCGAACAAGCCGUACGCCAUCGUGCAGUACAUGGACAUCUGCGAUGCUUACACGGCGAUGCUGUUCGGCACCAACAUCUGGAUGGAGCGUCCCCUGCGCGUGGAAUGGUCGGCUCGCUCGCAAGCCUCGCAUGCUUAA